AUUAGUUCAAAAAUUCAGUUCAAGCUCGUGAUUAGCAAAUCUUUACUAGCAUUAGUAAAGUAAUGUUAGUAUAACCCAAAGCUUUAUUUAAUUUAUGUAUCAAAGAGUAAAUUCGGAUCUAAGUAAUUAAAUAAUGAUGAUGUACUAUUCUUAACUAAUUAUAUAUGGUGUGGAAGUGCACAACAUGCACUGGCUUAUAUGCUAUAUCCAUUCCAUUAUAAAGAAUAUAUUAAUAUGGGCAGAACUCAAUAAUAAUUCUUUUUUGUUCUCAAUGACUGGUGUACCUAUGUACUGCACAAUCCGGCACCAUCAUAAUUGUAAAAUAUAUAUAUAAUAAUUCUUUUUGGGUCCACCCAAAAUGCAAGAUGAAAUUUUUUUAUUGUCAAUUAAUCGAACGACAAUUUAAUUUAGCAAAAUUAACUAUUGAGGUCUGCACGGACCUAUUCCUUGUAAGUUGCAACUCUGUGUUUACAGUUUCUAUUUCUUCGAAAAAUUAAGUGCCAAUAUUUAUCGUUAAUGCUGAGGUUAAAUGAAUAGUAAUCAACGAAAGAAACAAGCUUUUGUUUAUUAAAUAUAAUCUCUUUUGAUUAUGUAAAGAAGGGGCCGCCUACAUGAUUUGUUUGCAUAGGGUAGAUUAUUCAUUAAUUUUCUCGGAAGGAAGCUUUUCAGUUUGCCUAGACCACGAAAGCGAUGGGUGCCGAUCGAUGGCUGUUUAUUAAUCAGUCUUCACAAAGGAAAAGUUAUCUAAUAAUAAUGGAGCCUUUGUUUAUUUAUCUAAUCAACCAAUAUCUACCUCAAAUUCCUUGUUAAUUAAACUCGAGGACGUUUUGUUUUAUGUAUCAGAACCAUCUUCCACUUGUUGGCUUCUAGGCAGGUUAAGAAAAGUUGUUGUUUUGAAUUUUUUGAUUGUUUUACAGUUUACACCACAAAUUUUGUCUUGUAGCACAUUGGUGAGUUACAAGAUAAUUAAGGAGUUUAUAGGACCACACCCAUUAUAACAAUUAAAGUUGUUUAAAUUGGGCCUUAUGGAUAUUGAUUUUAAACCCAAGUCACUAGCUCAUUAAUGAGCAUGGACAUGAUUCAAUAAGGGACAUAGGCCUCUCGUAAGCGGCCAUGCCACGAGAUGACAUGAAAAUUUCUAACUAUGAGAAGUCCAUGGCCGCGAAUGAGGAGGCCAUGUCGCCUCAUGAUCCAAAAUAUACUAAGUCUGAGAAGGUCAUGCCGCCUCACGAGAAGGGUCAUGUGCAUGAUUAAGAGGUCCAUGGCCGUGUCAUGUGAUUGCCAUGGACGCGAAGCAAGAAGCAUUAGAAAUGAUUGAAAAUACUAAGUAUGGAAAGGGCAUGCCGCCUCAUGAGAGGGGCCUUGUGCAUGAUUGAGAAGUCCAUGCCACUUCACAAGAGUGGCCAUGGACACGAAUGAGAAGGGCGUGGUGAUGGAGCAUUAUAUCACUAGUGAAUAUGUCUCAAGAGGUCCAUGACCGUUAGACAAGAAGGCCAUGGACAUGAGUAAGAAGUUCAUGGUCGUAAGACAAGAAGGCCAUGGACAUGAGUAAGAAGUCCAUGGCCGCGAGGCAAGAAGACCACGACCCCCUUUGUGAGACACCACAUGCUCGUCAAAAGACUAGCAUGGCACGAGAUUCAAAACAAGACCAGGCGAGGCAAGCUAUACUCCAAAACCCACGACAGUUCCAAGAGAGGCACCUAGGCGGUUGAAGGAGUAACCACCACUCUGAGGAAGCAGGGAGCGGUUCUUUUUGGGAGUUAUCCAAGAGGCGUUUUUCUACCGAAGAAGGAGGAGCGGUUCCAACAAGCGGUUUUCUAUGGCGGUUACCUCCUCGGGGCUAUAAAUAAGAGGAGGGGUCAACAGAGACAAGGGUUCCAAAACCAACACUCUGACACACAUGUCACGUUUAUCCUUUACCUUUUCUCUAUCAUGUAGCCAUAGAUGUAGUUCGUAGUUUGGAGCUCUCGCGGAACCUCCAUAGGAGUAGAAGUAAUUUAAUUUAGAUCUCGUUCCCAAAAACCAUCAAUCAAACACCCUUGUUUGAACUUUGUUUGAAGAGGUGUGAGCCGUGUCUUAGAAAUCGUUGUCCAUAGAAGUCAAAGGUGCAAUCCAUCUCAUUUCAACAAGAGUUUUCUCGUCGGAAAACAAAUUUGGCACACCUGGUGGGACCAUUGUGUUUUAUUGGAUGGCUCCACGACUAAGAGAACAAGAAGGUGAUCUUUCACCUGGGUUCGUGAUGGAUCUUGUCGCCAAUUUUGAACUUUGCCAAGAAGGAAAAGGAUUGGUCGGAAACAAUGGCAAGGUAGAGGCUUUGCCACCGCCGGCACCUUCUGUCAAAGUAACCACCACCGCUAUGUCACGCCAUUUGAUAGUGGAGGAGACACAGAAGAUGAUGGUGGAGAACCGCCUGGCCAUGGAGGAAAACCGCCAGGACAUGGAGGAGAACUCCAUUUCAUGGAGGAGGGUUGGGAUGAACUUGUUAGAUGUUCACAUCAGACAAGUCUCAAACUUGCUUCUCUUAGUUCCACCUUAGAUAGAAGGUUGGACCAAUUAUUUAAAGUAGUUAUAAAAAAUAAAAAUAGCUUGGAUGAGUGUAAGAAAAGUAUUAUAGACCC